AUGCGAAUGCACGAUAACUUUAUAACCGGCAUGAGAACUUUUUUCUCCCACAUCUUCCAUCACAGGCGAAAAACUUUGAGGUUCGUCUGAACUUUUUACAGCAUAUUUUUUUGUUUCAGAGAAGUUGUUAUACCGACGCUUUUCGGCGUUACUCUCGGUGUUUUUUUCGGCUUUUUAUUGACCAUUGAAAGUGGUGAUGACGUCAUCGACGCUAUGCGCAUCAUCAAAAGCGGUAGGUAGUUUGAUUUAAUGGAAAGUUCAAAAGGAAAUAAUAUUUUUUCAUCUGAAGCCAGUCUCUACACAGCAGAAACACGUGUUAACCUCCACCAACCGCAUGCUUUUUUUUUUUUUAAAUUCUUGCAAGACCAUUUUUAGUUUACAGCCAGCUGUUAAUCAAGUAUACAAAGUUACAAAAAUUUUAAAAAUUAGUUUUACUUAAAAAGAUGUUUCAAAAAUCGACGUCCCCGCAGUACAAGAUAAAUUACUUAUGAAAGGGUGGAGACCCGGAAAUCGCCUGUUUUUAUUAGACACUAAGAAUAACUGCCGAGAUAAACGCGAGACGAUGGCGGUACAUUGACGAACUCGCAAACAUCUCGCACUUUUUCUCGCGCCGGUCUCGAAUUUUUCUGGGCGCGAGCUCGCAUUUCUCUCGCAAUUUGAAAGUUUCCGAAAUGCAAGAUAAAUGCGAACUUCUCCAAUUUUUGGAAUUUUGUAGAAGAAGCAGAGAGCAAUCGCAAUUUCGGAUUACGAUGCGUCAUCAUAAUCCAUCCUCAAUCAGCGGUACAUGAAAGCGGCCUCAAUUUUUUUAAGGAUUUUUAUUUUAGAAGCCAACGAACAUCGUUCAGGCGAUGCGCGACGGCUUCACCAAGGAGUGCAAUGAAACUCUGUUUUUCACCACAGACGAAGCACUUUUCAAACAGUUGAAUCGUUCGUUUCUUUAAUUACAAAGUAUCAUCAUUAUCAUGGAGGAACUCGCUAAAUCUAGAAAGGAAAUGAUUUGAUUUUAGUGCGGAAAAAUUCGAAAAUUUUUAUCGUCGGGACUGUUUCAUUAAAUGGUUCGAAAUUUCCUUUUUUGUGAGAGGAAAUGUGUCGUUCAAAAGCUUAGAAAUCAUUUUUUUUUCAGUUCAAGAGAAACUUUUUUUAGGCAGUUUUGGUUGAAAAAUUCAAGGUACAAUUGUGAAUAGAAUUUAAUGAAACAAUGUCGUAUCCAGUUUUGAUUCUGGAAAUUCAGAUCUUCAUCCCAUAGUGUACAUCGAUUCUUUCUCCAAUGAGUUCUUUUGGAACUUCUAUCAAAAAGUGAUGGAGUUCUCUUCUGCGGUUUGUUUCUUUUUUUUCUAAUUUUCAAGCGAAUGAAUUUAUAGGACCCUAUGCAAUGGACUUAUAUCGGCGACGAGCAGACUUACCUCAUGGUGGCGAACUUACGGAAAACUUUGCGAAAGUUCAACUCGAGGGAGAACAUUCUUCUUGGACGCAUCACCACGUCUAAGUGAGGAAAUUGAAAUUUCAUGACUGUUUUACGAAAAUAGUUAAGGGUUCUUUUUUCCUGGAAUUGAUCUUUCUAAACUUUUUUUUCUCUUUCAGUUUUUCAUUUUCGACCAGAGUGAUUGCAGGUCGUUCCUGGCCUAUCUAUUCCCGCUUUUGUCUUUCGAAAAGGUGUUGGUUCAGUCGGGCAUCGUCGUUUCCAGCGGAGCAUUGGACAAACUCGUCUCUUGUCGGUAGGUCCUAUUUUUGUGGUUGAACAGAGAAAAUGUUAGUUUUGGGAGCGCAUUUCAAAUCGCUUUUUAUCAAUUGAAUUUAUUUUUUAUCGUUUUAUUGGAAUGAAAUAAAUAGUAUUUUGAAAAAGAUUAGUUAAAUUGAUACAGUCCCAUUUAGGGUUGGAUGUGUCAGUUUCAAGAGUUCUUACUUAACUAGACCAGGGCCAAUGACUGUCUCUUAUAAUCACGUUGGUAUAAAUAAAAAAUACCUUUUUUUCUAACAUUUUUAUUCCAUUUUCUUUCGGCAUGAGUUCGAUGGGUUCGAGAGAUGGAAAACUUUUUCUCGGCUUCGUUAACAUGAAACAGCGGUGAGAGAGAGAUCUCUGUUUAAAUUUAUCAACUCUCCUCACCUCUGUGUCAAAUCUGGUCGUCGCGGGCAUGAUGGAAAUAGAAGAAGAAGAGAGAAAAACGAAAAAGCGUGAUGAACUCUUACUCUCGCUUAUUGCAAUUAGGAAUUUAAAGUCCACAAAACCGACUUUCUCCAAAACGUCCAUAUUCAGACUAUUCUGGCUUCCUCGCUCUACAGAGUCAGCCCUUUACAUGUGCGGCAAGUACGAGGGCCUGGAGAUGAUAGAUCCGGUCGAUGAGGUUUCAUCAAACGGUUUCAGACGUGAAACAUCAAUUUUUGAGGAAGGAAUGCACAUGUUGAACGACAAGCCACCGUCGCAGCUCAUAGCAAAAGAGAAAUCUUUCUUUUCCUCUCUGGUUAGUUGUAAAUGUUACUUUUCCUUUUCGACCAUUUGUGCAGGUUUCUUCGAAUUCGACCUGUUGUUCGGAUAGCGCAAUAACUUUUGGCCAAACAUCUGUAAAUGAAAUGCGAGUCAUCGAGUAUGGCAUUCAUUUCCGGGUUUUCGGGAAAGCUGGUCAGUUUUUGGUGUCGCGUUCGAAUUAAUUGCACAAUAUGCGGCUAAAAAUACCAGUGAGUUUCCUGGAAGGUAAUUUAGUACGCUUCAGUGACCGUAUAAUUUAACAGCCUUAUUUUUGAUUUAAAAAGUUCGGACAACUUAAUUUUGUUAUUUUAUUAUGGAGAAUAACGGAGCAGAUUAUUCAGGAUAUUCGGUCGUGGACAAGCCAUCGACUACCAGCACCAUUUCUACCACGACAACUGAAACCACCAUCAGCCAAAUAGAUACAAAAAUGUCUAUCGUUGCUUCCUCUUCAGUUGGACACCACAACUACCCUCUCCCCAAACGAGUCGAACCUGUUCUACGUGGAAGAAAUUGA